AUGUUUUCCUCUAAUGAAGCACAAAAAAGUCCUGGAGAAACCUCGACCCUUCCGGAAGGGGAACACACUGUUUCACAAACCACACUUGAAACUACCACCACCAACAACAGCAACACUGCCACCAUCACCACCAACCCAGACAAUAAUGGCAACAACAAUGGCGGUGGAGGAACGGACAGAAUUAGCAUCCAUUUUAACCAUCUUAAGAAGUUACUCGAACAAAUGAAAAGCUACUUAACUGAACUGAAGACUCCUUCAGGUGAUCAGCGAUGUAAACACCAUGAAGAUCUGCAAAAGAAGCUCCAAGAUUUAAGUGAAAAAGAGAAUGCACCCUCCGCUCCUAAAAUUCCAAGCAGCAGGCUUAGUGAUAUCAGAAAGGAAAUUUUGAAGUUAAAUCAGCAGCUGAUUUCAUCACUAGACAGUCUGUCCAAAGAAAAUAGUCCGAAAUCUAAUAAUCUACAGACAAGCAGCGGGUCUAAUGGGCGCCACAGUGCAGUCGGUGAAUUGGUCAACGUACACCAGGGUGAAUUCUUCAGCAGCUGCUCAUUUUUCCGUGAAAUUCAGGAAUUUUUUUACGGGCUUGAUCGCAAAAGCCAGUUCCUUUUGUCAUGCUUUACUGUAUUCCCAGAAAAUGCAGUGGUGAAGAGGAGGAUCUUUGUAUAUUGGGGAUUGGGAGAGGUGGAGUUGCGGGACGCUGAAGGAAAAUCACCUGAGAAAAUCGUUGAUGAAAUCCUUGAGGAAUUUCAAGAGAAAGGCUUAAUCAAGCCUGCUAUAAAAAAGCGAAAGCAGCCCCAGCAUGUUAAAAGCUAUAGAAUGGAUCCUCUUACUCUUAAGGGGAAUCCGGUAGUGGAUGAAAAUGUCUCAUGGCCACGCUCUCAAAGGUUGUGUUUGCAAAAUAUCGUGGAGCCGGACGAGAGGAAACCUUCUUCAGGAAAGGAUAUCAAGCGAACGGUUUCAGAUCAAGAUUUGGAAAAUGCCGUUACAUUAUUUAAUGUUAAUGAGCCUUUUCCUGAUCUUGAAUUGGCGCGGCUAACAAAGAUGAAAGAUAAAAAUGUGGCACAGACGAAAGAGCCAAGCGCAGCGGACUGGUUAUCGAAGAUGAAAAGUGCCAAAGUUGUUUGCCUGGGAAGCUGGCCGGGAUCAGCUAAAUCUCAUAUUGAAGUGCAGAGCAGAGAAUUCUUAAAAGGAUUGACAAAUAUGAAGGAUUUUGAAAUUGGUGGCCAAACAGGCCUGAAAAGUUUAAGCUUCGUUAGCCUUCAAGGGAUCUCUAGAAUUAAAGAGCUUCCACGUUCCAUAGGCCCGCUCAGAUCCUUGUUGAUCUUAGAUCUCAAGGAGUGUCACAAUUUGGAGAUUCUCUCAGAGGAGAUAGCCAAUCUCACGAACCUCUGGUACUUGGAUGUUUCUGACUGUUAUCUGCUAGCUGACAUGCCCAAGGGGCUAGAGGCGCAAUCAGAACUUCGAGUCCUUAAGCGUUUUGUCAUUAGUAAUCGGCAAAAAAUUCGAAGGUCGGGCACUUUACAUGAUUUGAAGAGAUUGAGGAAACUGACCAUUAAUGCAAGAAGGAAGGACUUCCCUACAGGAAACGAUCUAAGUGCUCUCCAAGAGCUUGGUGAAGGAGUACUUCGAAACCUAACAAUAGUAUGGGGACCAGCUGAGCCAAAUAAAGCACCCAAAUCAGAAGCUGAGAUUGUAGAAGAAACCAAAUCAGCUGGAACGGUUCCUAUCGUUGAGAUUGAGACACUUCCACGGCAACUGAAGAAGCUGGAUCUUCAGUGUUUCCCCAAGUCUACAGCAACGUGGCUGACACCUGAAUCUUUGCCAAACCUAGAGAAACUCUACGUAAGAGGAGGAAACCUCGCAACUCUGGGCGAAAGCAAAUGGUCCCAGGUUAAGAUUUUACGUUUGAAGUACUUGAAUGAAUUGAAGACAACUUGGAAAAACCGCAAGAAUCUUUUCCAAAAUUGGAAUACUUGGAGAAAGUCAAUUGCCCUGGGAUCAUACUCUGCCCUUGCGACGAGCAUGGAGUGUGGAUGA